CGCGCUGCUGGCCCUGGCCAUGUCGUCGUCCUUCUUCAACCCCAGCUUUGCCUUCAGCUCGCACUUCGACCCCGACGGCGCCCCACUCAGCGAGCUCUCCUGGUCGUCCUCCCUGUCUGUGGUGGCCGUGUCCUUCUCCGGGCUCUUCACCGUCGUUGCCCUCAUGCUGGCCUGCCUGUGCUGUAAGAAGGGCGGCAUCGGGUUCAAGGAGUUUGAGAAUGCCGAGGGGGAAGAGUACGCGGCCGACUUCUCGGCACAGGGCUCCCCGGCAGCAGCCGCUCAGAACGGGCCUGACGUGUACGUCCUGCCUCUCACCGAGGUCUCCCUGCCUAUGGCCAAGCAGCCCGGGCGUUCAGUGCAGCUGCUCAAGUCCACAGAUCUGGGCCGGCACAGCCUCCUGUACCUGGAGGAGAUUGGCCACGGCUGGUUUGGGAAGGUAUUCCUCGGGGAGGUGAACUCGGGCAUCAGCAGCACCCAGGUGGUGGUGAAGGAGCUGAAGGUGAGCGCCAGCGUGCAGGAGCAGAUGCAGUUCCUGGAGGAGGCGCAGCCCUACAGGGCCCUACAGCACAGCAACCUGCUCCAGUGCCUGGCCCAGUGCGCUGAGGUGACGCCCUACCUGUUGGUGAUGGAGUUCUGCCCGAUGGGGGACCUCAAGGGCUACCUGCGGAGCUGGCGGGUGGCUGAGUCCAUGGCGCCCGACCCUCUGACCCUGCAGCGCAUGGCCUGUGAGGUGGCCUGUGGUGUCCUGCACUUGCAUCGCAACAACUAUGUGCACAGUGACCUGGCCCUGAGGAACUGCCUGCUCACAGCCGACCUGACGGUGAAGAUCGGCGACUAUGGCCUGUCUCACGGCAAAUACAGGGAGGACUACUUUGUGACAGCUGACCAGCUGUGGGUGCCACUGCGCUGGAUCGCGCCUGAGCUGGUGGACGAGGUGCACUGCAACCUGCUGGUGGUGGACCAGACCAAGGCCAGCAACGUGUGGUCCCUGGGCGUGACCAUCUGGGAGCUCUUUGAGCUGGGCGCGCAGCCCUAUCCGCACCACUCCGACCGGCAGGUGCUGGCCUAUGCUGUCCGGGAGCAGCAGCUCAAGCUGCCCAAGCCCCAGCUGCAGCUGACCCUCUCUGACCGCUGGUAUGAGGUGAUGCAGUUCUGCUGGCUGCAGCCUGAGCAGCGGCCGACGGCCGAGGAGGUGCACCUGCUGCUGUCCUACCUGUGUGCCAAGGGUGCCACCGAGGCGGAGGAGGAGUUUGAGCGGCGCUGGCACUCACUGCGGCCUGGCGGGGGUGGCGCGGGCCCCGGGCUGGGGGCGGCAGGCCUGGCACUGGGGGGCAUGGGCGAGCUUGCGGCCACCUCAUCCUUCCCACUUCUGGAGCAGUUUGCCGGCGACAGCUUCCACACGGAUGGUGACGACGUGCUGACGGUGACUGAGACGAGCCGUGGCCUCAACUUCGAGUACAAGUGGGAAGCCGGCCGCGGCUCCGAGGCCUUCCCGCCACCGGAGGGCGCAUUAAGUCCGGGCCGAGCCGCGCGUCUGCAGGAGCUCUGCAUCCCCGAUGGCGCUCCCCCAGGCGUGGUGCCGGUGCUCAGCGCUCACAGCCCCUCGGUGGGCAGCGAGUACUUCAUCCGCCUGGAAGACCCCACGCCUGCCGCAGGCCACGACCCAGACUGUGCCGGCUGUGCCCCCAGCACCCUCUCCGCCACCCUGCGCCCUGACGGCAGUGACCACGAUGAUGACUCUGACGGCAGCGCGGCUGCCUCCCUGGUCAUGGAGCCACUGCUGGGCCGCGCGCUGCCUGCUGAUGGCCCCUGGGGCCACUGCGACUACUACCCAUGCAGGAGCCAUGCCCGUGACCUGCCUUGCACCCCACGCUCACCCUCACCGGAGACCCCAGUGCUGGCAGAGCCCAGAGCAGAGGAUAUUGACUGGGGCGUGGGGGCAUUCUGCCCGCCCUUCUUUGAGGACCCGCUGGGCACAUCCCCCUCCGGGAGCUCCGGGGCCCAACCAUCCGCAGGUGGGGAAGAGCUGGGGGAGGCUGAGAUGCCCAGGGCUGCCCAGCACAGACACUGGAGCUCCAAUGUAUCUGCCAACAACAACAGCGGCAGCCGAGCACCAGAAUUCUGGGUCCCGGGCCUCUCAAGCUACACGGACUGCUGCCCUGGUGUGAAGCAGGCGUUACAGACCGUCCCUGAGCUGGGCCAUCCUCUGAUCCCAGAGGACCCCAGAGAGCCUCUCCUCGGGCCAAAGGGGGCCUCCUCUGGUAAGGAGCUGGGCCGCUGCCUUGGCUUCCCCCAUCUGUAUCCUGCUGAGGGCCUGACACCUGCCCCCUGCCUGGUCACAUCCCCUUGGACAGAGGCAGCCAGAAGUGGUGGUGACAGCCCCCAGGCAGAGCCCAGGCUUGCAGAGGAGGCCGAGGGCUCUGCUGGACUCCAGCUGCUCCUUCCCUCCAUCCCAUCCCCAUCCCAAGAGGGAGCCCUGCUUCCUGCCGAGGAGGCCAGCACCCCGCCCACCCUGCCUGCCUCACCCACGCCCACUGGCAGCCCACAGCCUGCCACCGAGCCAGUCCAGGCCCUGGACAGCGACAGUGGCAGCAGCUCCCCUGAGCUGGAGGCACCAGGCAGUGAAGACGAGGACACGACUGAGGCCACUUCUGGUGUCUUCACUGACUUGUCCAGCGACGGCCCGCAGGCUGAGAAACCAGAUGUGACACCAGCCUUCCGAUCCCUACAGAAGCAGGUGGGGACCCCCGACUCCCUGGACUCCCUGGACAUCCCAUCCUCAGCCAGUGAUGGCGGCUCUGAGGUCUUUAGCCCAUUAGCUGUUGGCACCCCUGGCGGGCAGCCCCGAGCCCUGGACAGCGGCUACGACACAGAGAACUACGAGUCCCCUGAGUUUGUACUCAAGGAGGCGCAUGAGCCCUGUGAGCCAGAGGCCUUUGAGGAGCUGGCCUCAGAGGGUGAGAGCCCCGGGCCAGAGACUCAUCUCGCCGCCUCCCUGGGUGGCCUCAGAGAGAAGAAUCCCUACCGUGACUCUGCCUACUUCUCAGACCUGGACACAGAGCCAGAGCCCCCCUUGGGCCCCAAGGAGAAGCAAGGAGGUGUCCCAGUCCCCGGGCCAGAGCCCGAUCUGGAGAGCCUGAAGAGCCCCAGGCUGCCGUCUGCACUGCCCUCCCCUGAGUUGGGGAUGCUUGCGGAGGCACAGGGCUCUGGCUCCAGGCCACUGCUACUGCCUGAGGACUCUUCCCCAGCACCAAGCGCCUGCCCCAGGGGCCCCAGGCUGGAGCCUCCCUGGCCCCAAGACCCAGCCCAGGUGCCACCCAUGCCCAGCCCCGGGCGCUCUAAGAUUUUCCUGCUGACUCCGGUCCGGCCCAGCUCAGAGAGCCACCGCCCCGAGCUCCAGGAGACCCUGGCACUGCUGUCAGGGUCGGGCCUGCAGGAACGGACAGGGGGCCCAGGUGCCCCCAGAACCCCACUCUGCCUGGCCCUGCCGGCAGUCCCCGCGGCUCCAGAGGGGCGGCCGGAGGAGGAAGAGGAGGACAGCGAAGACAGUGACGAGUCGGACGAGGAGCUCCGCUGCUACAGCAUCCAGGAGCCGAGCGAGGAGAGCGAGGAGGAGGCGCCGCCUGUGCCGGUGGUGGUGGCGGAGAGCCAGAGUGCGCGCAACCUGCGCAGCCUGCUUAAGAUGCCCAGCCUGCUGUCUGAGGCCUUCUGCGAGGACCUGGAGCGCAAGAAGAAAGCCGUGUCCUUCUUCGACGACGUCACUGUCUACCUCUUCGACCAGGAAAGCCCCACCCGGGAGCUCGGGGAGCCCUUCCCCGGCACCAAGGAGUCGUCCCCCACGUUCCCGGCAGGCAGCCCGGGCUCCCCCAGCACCCCCGGCCGGCCUCGGCGGGCUGACCGCUUCCCCGAAGGACCCGUGGCUGAAGAGGGCGGAGGGUUCGAGUGGGACGAUGGCCUCCCGCUGACGCCGGCCCAGGAGCCCGCCCCGCGUGUCCCCGCUGCAACCCCCAAGCCCAGCCCCUUCUCUCGCUUCACUGUCUCACCAGCGCCUGCAUCCCGCUUCUCCAUCACGCACGUCUCCGACUCGGACUCCGGGUCCGUGGGAGGUGAGUCUGCGGUGGGGCUGGCGGGAGGGGACACCGAGUCAGGACAGUGGUGAGGGCGGCCGGGAGGGGCACCUGCUGGGCGCGAGGCCCUGCGCUCGUUAUUUCUCGUUUUCUGAUCAAGCUCAGUUUUCAGACGGGGAAACUGAGGCUCGGAGAGGUCAGGUCAUGCCAGGCCUGUUUGUUGUGGCCACCCUGGCA